CGCGGUUGGGUGUAUGUCGCACGCGAGCCUCGCUGAGGAGGACUGGCUGGCGCGCUCGCCGCGGCGCAACCUGCGGCAGCUGCUCACGCGUGCGCUCGGCGACGACGGCGCGCAGUGCUCCGAGGAGGAGAUGCAGCAGCACGUCGCGCUGCUGCAGCGCGCCGACGCUGAGAAUAAGCUCGGCAGGCGCAAACUGUACCUGCUUUUGGACCUCGACGAGACGCUCGUGUUCGCACAAAGGCUUCGCGCCGGCGCUAGUCCCGCCGGCCACCUCAUCCACGUGCGCGGCGAGGCUUUUGACCUGCAGCUCCGGCCUGGACUCAGCCACUUCUUGUCGACGACGGGGGAGAGCUUCAUCAUGUACCUCUACACGAUGGGCGAUGAGGAGUACGUCAAGGCUGUCCUCGCCGUCAUCGACCCCAAGCGGACCCACUUCACGGGCGGCGUCUGCUGCUGGCGCGCCGACCAGUCGCGCACGCUCAAGACGCUCGAGCGCGCCGUCGUCGAGAAGCAGAUGGCGCUCAUCGUCGACGACACUCCGGACGUGUGGCAGGCGGACCUGUCCAACCUGCUGCUGGUGCGCCGCUUCCAAGGCCACGCCGGAGACAACGGGCUGAUGCAGCUCAGCUCGCAGCUCAGCUCGCUGCACAAGCGCUUCUACCCGCCAGCCGAGAGGGCACCAUGGUCCCUCGACGGCCCGCUCCGCCAGCCGCCCGACGCCAGGCAGCUGCUGGCGGAGGCGCGCGGCACGGCGCUGCGGCGCUGCCUCGUCGCCUUCACAGGGGUGCUGCCCGACACCAAGGAUUUUGGCGAGAUCGCCUUGUGCGCGCUCGUCCGCCAGUUUGGAGGCGAAGUGACGUCGUCUGUCGAGGAGGCGACCCACCUCGUCGCGAGGCAGACCGAGGGGUGGAAGCAGGCUGCCAAGAUCCGGCAGGCGGCGCAGCGGCAGGGGCAGGUCUCGGUGGUGUGGGACCACUGGCUGCUCGACACGCUCUGCUCGUGGCAGCGGCAGCCCGAGGAGCGGUACCGCGUCCCGCUCGAGGAGAUGGACGGCGCAGAGGCGGGUGGCGCAGCAGAGGCGGCCGGUCCGGAGGCAGCCGAGGCGGCGGGCGGAGCGCCGCAAGCACAGUCGGGCCAAAAGCGCGAUCGCGAGGGCGCGAGCGAGAACAACAUUGCGCGCAUGACCGUCGCCGCCUACCUUCGAGAAGUGAAGGCGAAGAGCAGUGCUGCGGGGGUGGGUGGAGGCGCAGUGGCGCAGGGAGCGCCUGCCGCGGCCGCUGAUAUGGGCACAUGACCGUGCAUGAAAGCUAACGUGUUAGUGGGCCCGCCGUGACCACGAGCGCUAGGCUCUCUGCCUGCUCUGGUGGUGCUCGUGCGCAGCGUCGGCGCGCUGACGCCUCACUCACACUCUCUCGACACACGCGCACGCCCAUCGCCCACACUGCGCCGGAGGGCGUGGCGCGGCCGCGGGCGGUCUCUGCCUGGUCUCUGCGUGAAAGGUGGGAUCGCGAUCGGGAGCGGUGAGGCUGAGGGUGGCGAGAGACGCGGGGGAGGAGAAAGAGAGGGAGUCGAGCUCCGCGACAGACGCAUGCCGGCCGCGACCGGACUGCGGACGGUCUGCCGACACCCCCCUGCUCCCACUCCGCCACUGGAAAACCCGAGAGUAAGGACGACAAAAAAUGUGUG